UGGGAAUGUGUACAUGCUGAAAAUGUGUGCGCGUUGUUAUUUCCAAGGUCAUUAAUGACAAAGUUCGCUUAAAUGGACUAUCCAGUGACACUAAACGAUGACACAAUAUUUGUAAACAUUCUAUCACGACUUCUGAGAAUAUUUAGUGGUCUUGGGAUCGCUUGUAUAUUCUUCGCAAUUUUCUAUCACUUCUAUGGCUCAUAUUCUCCGCUGUUCAUACAACAUUUUCUCCUGUUUGGAAAGUCGAACCCUCAGUAUUGUGAAUAUUUAAAGUAUUCGAGAGUUCCUAAAAGAUGGUUUAAAUAUUUUUACAUGAUUGGUAUAUUCUCUACAUUAUGUAUCCUACUUGUUGAAUUAUUUAUACUAUCUUCAGUACUCAACAAAACCAUAAUUUCUGUUUUAAUCAUAUAUUUGGUACAUGUUUCACGUCGACUGUAUGAGUGCGAAUACGUUUCCGUAUUCAGUAAUUCUCAAAUGAGUUUCAUGCACUUUUUGAUGGGUAUUGGAUUCUAUAUUGUCGCUCCCAGUUCAAUUUUGCUUUCUCAAAGUAAUGCAGCUGAACGAUCAUAUUUGACUAUUGGCUUAUUUAGUGUACACAUGUUAAUACUCCAGUAUUUGCAGGAUUUGGUUUUCCGACAGUUAGCUGCCUUACGUUCAGGGAAAAAUAAAAACACAGACAAGUUAUCGGAGAAAAAGUAUUAUCCACCCGAAGGGAGCAUGUUUUAUUGGGUAUCGUGCCCGCACUACAUACUUGAAAUAUCAAUCUACUUAUCAUGUCAGUUAUUUAUUACACCUAAAUGGAUACCAUUUUCGCAUAUAUUAUUUUUCACAAUAUGCAAUCAAUUAUGCUGUAUAUGGCUAAAUCAUAAUUGGUAUAAAAAUAAUUUCCCUGAGUGGGCAUCUAAACGUGCUAUGCUGAUUCCUUAUGUAUGGUGAAUAUAAAAAAUGUAUAUUCACUUCUCUCUCUUAAACAUAAACAUAUUGAUGUAAAAUACUUUUUAGUUAGUGUUAGACUAUUCAUUUUAUUCAACUGACUACGCAUUAUCUAAUAUUUUUUAUGUGAUUGUUUUCCGAGGAUGCUCCGUUUUGUGAUAUUUUUCUUUUCUAUUCGAAAAGUUAUUGUAAUGUAAGUACAUUCUUCCUUAAGAGCUGUUUUGAAUUAAGGAGAACCUAUCAAAAGAAAAGCUAUUAAUUAUUGAGUAUUCAUAUUUUAGAGAUCACAGAGAUAAUUUCGUCAGACACUCACUAAUGUGCUUCGUGGCAAUACAUCAAUGCAAUGGCUAAUAUCGUGUUAUUAAUCGGCACUGUGUAUAUUUCAAAACGUCUCCGAAUAGUACACCAAACCAAUGUGGUGCAUCAACGCCACGUAAAACCUGUAAGCUAUAGCAG